UUCUUUUUGAUUGAAAAUAGAAGACUAAUUAUCAAAGAUAAAGAUUAAAAAGAAUAAAAAAUUAGUGAAAGCAUUGGUUAUUAUUUUGGUACCUUUUUUUGAUAAUCUUUUUAACAGGAUCGGAUCUGUUUCCAUCUUCGGCCGUCGAUUAUCUCAAACAAGGUAUUUGAGCGGUAGAAGUUGAAGAUUAGACAAGUAUGUUGGGGAUUAUCAAACAAAAAGCUCUUGGGAAGUCCUUGCAGAGGAUUCGACCUGCUGUUGCUUCAGCAUGGAGAGCUUACUCAUCCGCCGCAAAGGAGAUGACGGUUAGAGAAGCAUUGAACUCUGCUCUUGAUGAGGAAAUGUCCGCUGAUCCUAAAGUGUUUUUAAUGGGAGAAGAGGUUGGAGAAUACCAGGGUGCCUAUAAGAUAACUAAAGGGCUGUUGGACAAAUAUGGUCCUGAGAGGGUUCUUGAUACACCAAUUACUGAGGCUGGAUUUACUGGCAUUGGAGUUGGUGCUGCUUACCAUGGUCUCAAGCCAGUUGUUGAGUUUAUGACAUUUAACUUCUCUAUGCAGGCAAUUGACCAUAUUAUUAAUUCUGCUGCAAAAUCAACCUACAUGUCUGCUGGUCAAUUAUCUGUGCCCAUAGUUUUUAGAGGACCUAAUGGUGCUGCUGCAGGAGUUGGUGCCCAACACUCUCAAUGUUAUGCAUCUUGGUAUGCCUCCUGCCCUGGCUUGAAAGUGCUGGCUCCAUACUCAUCUGAGGAUGCUCGUGGUCUGCUAAAAGCUGCUAUAAGAGACCCUGAUCCUGUUGUUUUCCUUGAAAAUGAGUUAUUAUAUGGCGAGUCGUUUCCUGUUUCAGCUGAAGUACUGGACUCCAGUUUUUGCACUCCAAUAGGAAAAGCCAAGAUUGAGAGGGAAGGAAAGGAUGUGACUAUUACAGCCUUUUCAAAAAUGGUUGGCUAUGCCCUCAAGGCAGCUGAGCUACUUGCAAAGGAAGGAAUCAGCGCUGAGGUGAUAAACUUGCGCUCCAUCAGACCACUAGACAGACCCACAAUCAAUGCUUCAGUCCGGAAAACCAACAGACUUGUGACAGUGGAGGAAGGAUUCCCACAGCAUGGAGUUGGGGCUGAAAUCUGUGCCUCUGUUAUUGAGGACAGCUUCGGUUAUCUUGAUGCACCAGUUGAGAGAAUUGCUGGGGCUGAUGUUCCUAUGCCGUAUGCAGCCAAUCUCGAGAGAAUGGCUGUACCGCAGGUUGAGGAUAUUGUCCGUGCAGCAAAGAGAGCUUGCUACAGAUCUGUACCCACUGCUGCAACUGCUUAAUCAAUAUUGAGUCAGUCCUGAAAACCUUUUAAAUGCAGAUUGUAUUUGUUUUUGCCUCUACUCGACAUUGCUGGGGAAGACUGGGGAGGAACACCUCAUUGAACACCCACUGAAUAACAUGGAGGAUGUUGAUGAUCAUUGAAUAACAUGGAGAAUGUUGAUAACAGCAGAAAUUUUGUAGCCUUCUUUUGUCAAAUUACCUGAUCUAAACCUACUUUUAUGCCUAAGCCAAAUAUGUGUUUUAUAUGAUACGUUCUCUUUUUUGGAAAGGCCAGUUGUUGUGGAAGAUCUUCUUCAAAUGAUAUGUUGAGUUCACUUAAUUUUCACAAAAGUCGAUUAGAUUUUUGAA